AUGUCUGGGUCUGUUUGGAAGAAACCUGAAGAAGUUAUGAAACAAAUGAGAGAAAAGAAAAAAGCACUUCAAGCCCGAUUUAGUCAUGCGACCACCACAACCAUAGCAAAUAGUUAUGACAAUGACGAAACAUUGCCCCUGCGUUCAGCAACAGCUUCUACGAAGAGAAAAAAUCCUUUCAGACGUUCCCCAGCCAAGAGGCCUAAGCUUGUCGCUGUUACUCAAGAUGACCAAAGAACAAUAAACUGUGACUUGGUGAGCAUGUUAAAUGCUCCUAAUACAGUUAAAGUCGACAACAAUAAAGAGCAAAUUAUGGAGCUACCACAAGCUCUUUCCAUAUUUGCAGCAGUAACCCCUGUAUGCCAAAAAUUAGAUCAAUAUGCUGUGGAUUGGUCUUUGAAAACAAGAGUUCGAUUCACCUCUAAAACACCAUUUGCUUUCAGUUCCACUCUUAAAACGUCAGAGGAGGCUUCCGGAAUAACAGGUUUCGUGAGGUGCGUUAAUUCACUCAAUUCUGAUGAGUGGAGCACUUUAGACACAUCAACCAAUGCUCAAUUUCACCAAUGUUGCCUUUUAUGGCAAUACCCCUGGUUGCCUUGGCUGUCUUUAUUCCCGCGCGAUACACGAACCCCCAUCACUUCUACAGGCUCCGUUCAGAUUGGCAUGGACUCGAACGUGUCAAACUGCCUAGUAAACGACUGGUGUGAGAGUUUUCGCUCUCUUUUUGGACUUCUGCGUGCGAGGCAGUGCCCAUUUUUCUACGUCUGCACUCACCAGUUCACCGUUCUGUUUAGAGCUGCUGGAAUAGGAGGGGUUGCUGAAAUUCAUGCUCUGUUAACUCCUACUACCCGUGGAUUGCGAGACUUAUUGCGAAAAGAAGACAUAUCAUACUCCAUGCCGUUGAAGAAAAGCGGCCAAGAUCAACAGAACUGCACCAUGAAUAAUGAUGAAGAUGACGAAAUCAAAGACGCUGACAAAAUAGAUGAUCUUGGCGAUGAAGAUUGUGAUGAAGAUGAUACCGACUGGAUUAAUGAUAUUGGUCUGCACUCUAAUCUUAGAUCGAAAUUGGAAGCAGAAAGAUUACAAGAUGGUGGACAAGGUACAAGCCAAGGUACUUACUCUGAUUCGCUCCUCCUGAUCGAAGGUGUCGAAACGCAGGGAUUAUUUAAUUGGCUAUUGAACAGCAAACUGUGUCUUUCGAAUACUGGUCCUCUGACUGGGAUUCCUCCAACACUUUUUAGCCCGGUGGCUUUUCACCAGGCCACACUCCGGCCGCUCAAGGCACGGCAAGGUUUUCUCAAACAAGAUGGAGAGAAUCUGUACUCCGUUGAAAUUCAGGGACCCAUCCUACCCCACUCAAUGGUCUCCUUAAUGAAAUUGUUGCAAAGUGGUGAUUUUACAGCUGUUUGUUCAGCCCUUUCGAGCACCAAACCUUUUGCAUCAUUUCAAAGUCCAACUGCUGCCACCUCGGCAUUUGGUAAGGAAAGUCUCAGUGAUUGUGGGCUCGAUCGUGCGAGUCUUGACCUCUUCUGCUCAUCUCAGUUCCCGCAAUUCGCUAACGAGAUCCGUUUCCAAGAUGGAUGCUUCCAUUUUAACUGAUCUCUUUCGAUUUUAUUAUGUAAAGUUCCCUUUACAUUUUGCUCGUAGGCGAGUCGAGUUGAAAACAAUCUGUCAGAAAAUCUAAAUAUCUAGCCAGUUUCCUGUUAUUGACUGGCAUCUUCUAAUCCUACUAGAUAUUGCCCCCCCCCCCCUUUUUAUGUUUUUAUUAAGAAAAGAAAUUGCUAGGCCCUUACAACAAACGAAUCUCUACGCAUCUUAAAGAUAAUCUAGCCCUUGUCGAAGUUAGGAAGAUGUACAUUUAACAUUGCAAGAUGGAAUCAUGCGUGUUCACCAGUAUGCCACGGGGAGCUUAUUUCACUGGUUUAUUUCAGUUUGACUUUCCCGAGUUGCUUACAUAACUCUGUGAGAUAACGUAAAAAAAUUUGAAAAUGCAGAAAUAAGCGUAAUAAUUCCUCGCUGUUUUUGUGUAAGCAAAAUUUUUUGUAGUUUUUAAAAUCUCCGAUCCAAGAAUCCUAAAUAGGUCUUUCUAAGAAACUUGCAGGUUCACUAAUUUCGAUAUUAUGGAAAAAAUAAAAUAGGGUAGCAAUGGA